CGCCAGCCGAUUUCUCGACUUUGGACGAACAUGGUCGUUCGCGCCCAAAAACAGUGUUUUCUCUUGGGCAGGGUGCUCCAAAGUAUUCAGAGCGCCAUGAAACUUUAUGGAAACGCCCUGAUUUCUCCUUUACCGCGCAGGAUCGUGAGGCACGACCUUGGCGUAGAGAUGGAGGUAUAUCUACAGCUGGGAAGGCCAUCUUUUACUUUCGGCAUCAUCUCCGCCGAUCUCUUCUCGUCCACUCCUUUGCCUACGUUCUUCCUGCUGAGCAGAUUUACACUCCUUUGCCUAGCGCAUUUACAUUCAUCAUGAUUGCAUCACUUUCACUCCUUCUUUCCUCCGUCGCCCUUUCUUUCGCUUCUCCUCUGGGACCUAUCGAAGCCCGGACUGUUGCAGCGCUGAACACAGCUGCUUUUGAAGAGGCCCAACAGAGAGAUGCCACAGCCACGCGUGCUUUUUCGGGUAUAGAGAUAACUACCUCAACUGGCCAAUGUCUCUUCAUCAAUGAACUAUCUGGGGAUUUCCGUGCAAACUUGAACCCCAUUCAAGCUGGUACUUGCGAUGGAUCUCAAGGACAAUUGUGGGAUGUCAUUACCAAAGGCAAGCAUGAUGAUCAGGCGGGAACCAUGCUUCUGGUCAACACUUUGACCCAAGCCUGUAUGAACUUCGACCCUCGUCGAGCCGCCGGAAAUACUGUGAUCAUGUUCUCUUGUGGUGGGAGAGCCGACGGAGGUGGCGCUGUAACCAAUUCCCAAUUGUUCGCAUUUGCUGGUGGUGCUGGACCAUUGGCACUCCAACCAAAGAAUGCUGCUGGAACCUGCUUGACUGUCACUUCGGGUAACGUUCUUGAUCAAGCCCCAUGCAAUACCGGUGAUGCCAAGCAAGCAUUCAGCUUCAGUGGUGGCGGAGCAGCAUCUGCCCCGGCAUCAACCACAGCUCUUGCUGUAUCGUCCAUCUCAAAAGUUGCUGCUGUUGUCGCCGCAACUUCCAACCUCCCGGCUGUCGCUCAAUGCAACUCCGUCACCACCGUCUUUGUCACUCGAGCAGCAUCAAGCGCCGGCGCAGCUCCUGCAACGAGCAACGCUGCAGCAGCCUCUUCAGCAACCUCCCCAGUCUCUGCUCCUGCUGUAUCUGCCAUCGCCGGCGAGGUAAUCAUCAAAACCGACACCUCCAAUCCUUCAACUCCCGUCCCAGUCUCAGGCGCAGGAGGAACCCUCCAGCCAUCCUCGGCUGCCGAAGCAAACAAGCGAGACGAUACAGCAACCCGUGCCUUCACCGGCGUCUCCCUCAAGGCAGCAAACGGACAAUGCCUCUUCAUCAACCCAACAGCUGGCGAUUUCAGGCAGAACUUGGUCCCAGUCAACCUACAACCCUGCACGGGCAGUCUGAACGAGAAGUUCGAUCUCAUCACCGCUGGCAUCCACAACAAUACACCCAACACCACUCUUGUCGUGAGCUCUUUGAUGCAAGGAUGCAUAAGCUUCGACCCUAGACGUGCGGACCCUACCAAGGUUCAGGUCUUCGCAUGCGGCGGUAGAGGCGACGGCUCAGGCCAAGUCUCCAACUCCCAACAAUUUCCUUUCGGAGGAGGGAACUCGAUACUCCUCGCUCCACUUAACAGCAACGGCCAAACUUGCCUGACCAGCAACGCAACCCCGAACCCGCCGAUUCUGGAUCAAGGAGCUUGCAACGGUAACGCGGAUCAGCUUUUCACUAUUGCCCAGUAGUUUAGAGGGCAUUCACAUUCGCUUUUCUACCGUUGUUUGGGGAGAAUGAACAUCCUUUCGGUGGCAGGACACCCACAUUCGUUUCUGUGUACGAAAUUUGCCUUCUUUUCUUGAGGGCAUCAAGAGCGGCUUUGUACCUGUAUCAGUAUGGAUCAAAAGGCUUUGGGAUGGAUUCUUCGAUUCUUCACUGUAACAUUACGAUUAGAGGAGUACUUUGCUAAGACUACACUCGUUUUCACGGAGACAAUUCAUGUUUGCACCUCCGCACAGUUUGCAUGUUUGGAUAGAUUCCGAAAGCAGAUUAUCCUAAAUGAUGACUACUUCC